ACGGGGGCGUGUAUUUUUGCCGAGUCGAUUUCAGACAAACUCCCACCAGGAAUAUAAAAGUCAAUUUGACAGUCAUAGUUCCACCUGAAAAAUUGAGCAUCCUGGAUGACAAUGGACAGCAUAUUCCUAAUUACAAAAUAGGACCUUAUAACGAAGGAUCAGCGGUUAAUGUCACCUGUGUAGCCACCGGAGGCCGACCAUUGCCCAAGGUGACAUGGUGGUUGGAAAACGCUCUACUUGACGAUUCAAUGGACUAUUUACCAGAUCGUAGGGUACGAAAUGUUCUUCAUUUGGAUAAAAUCGAACGAAAACACUUGAAUAGUGUUUUCACCUGUCAAGCAACGAAUAAUCGCCUAGUGACACCGAUAUCUAGUUCUAUCACCUUGGACAUAAACCUUCGACCUCUCUGGGUGAAAUUAAGGGGAGACAAUAAACCACUUUCUGCCGAGCAAACUUACGAGUUGGAAUGCGAAGUUGUGGGUUCCAGACCAGAACCGUCAGUGACCUGGUGGAAAGGGAGCACUCAAAUGAAAAAUACACGUGAAACGACAAGUCCAGACGGCAACGUAACUACCAGUGUUUUAACAUUCGUACCAACUGUUGAAGACUCAGGGAAGUACCUAUCUUGCCGAGGUCAACAACCCCAAAUCUCCGACAGUGGAAUUGAAGAUGGAUGGAAAUUAGAUAUACACCAUGUACCUCUAGUAACACUUGAUCUGGGAAGUAACUUAAAUGGCAGCCUCAUUCGUGAAGGGGUAGAUGUAUACUUCGAAUGUAACAUUAAAUCCAACCCGUGGGUCUACAAAGUCAGCUGGAGACACAACGGAAAGCAACUUUAUAAUAACUUAGCAACUGGCACUAUUGUUACCAAUCAAAGUUUGGUUCUGCAAGCUAUAACUACCGCACGAGCUGGUAUUUACACAUGCGUAGGGCAUAAUCAAGAAGGUGACGGUGAAAGCAAUCCAGUACAGUUAGACGUAAAAUUUAUUCCGACUUGUCGACCGGGUCAACCCAAGGUUUUCGGCGUUGCUAGACACGAACCUGCCAAAAUAACAUGCGAACUUGAAGCUAAUCCAACCGAUGUGGAAUUUAUUUGGAAAUUCAACAAUUCGGCAGAUACUUUUGAUAUACCCCAAAGUCAAAUAUAUGUAGAAAAAGCCAGGAGCAUAGCAAUGUUUAAACCGGUUACAGAACAAGAUUACGGAACACUACUCUGUUAUGGCAGAAAUGAAAUAGGCAUGCAAAAGGAACCAUGCGUAUUUUAUGUGACACCAGCAGGUAAACCAGAUGCCUUGUCCAACUGUUCCAUCUCCAACCAAACUACCGACUCACUGUUUCUGGAAUGCUCCGAAGGUUAUGAUGGCGGCUUGCAGCAAGAAUUUAUCAUGGAGGUCUACGACACAAUGAACAGGAAACUAGUGAGCAACGUAACCUCAAAAGCUCCCGUAUUUACCGUCACAGGUUUGGAAAGUAGUGCAGCAUUUGACAUAGGACUAUAUGCUGCUAAUAAGAAAGGAAGAAGUUCAGUCACACAUUUAUCAGCGUUUACGCUCAAAGGCGCUGAAAAACACAUAGCCGAAAAGCAUCAGUCUAGUAAGCCAAUGCCUCCGGAAAACUGUACCAUCCUCCAGCAUACGAGUUAUCAAAUCCAAGUUAGUUGCCAAGUAGUCGAAGCGUAUCGGAAAAAAUCGGGAAACGUCUAUCUCAUGCAGAUAUACGAUGCCACCAGUCGCCUUUUAAUUGGUACUGCCACCUCACAAAACCCCGAAGAUAUCUCUUUGUCGACUUUGUCUAGUGAAAGAAAAGACGUCUUAAUUUUUGUUAGAACUAUCGAUGAAAAAUCCAUAGCGAGCGACGCUUGUAUUAUUUAUGCUCCCCUUAAAGGGGUUGCUCAAGGAAGGGCCGCAACUCCGGUUCUGCUACAGAUCACUCCUCUUCUAGGAGCUCUAAUAGGCGUAGUAGGAGCCCUAAUACUGCUGGCGAUCAUAAUCGUGGUAGUUAUUAGAUUAAGGGGUGGCGGAGAGAGGGACGACAAAGAUUACGAUGAUGGAGGCUUAUCGUCUGCAGGAAGAAGAUGCGUAGUGGGAAAUAAUAGUGAUAAGGCAAGCACAGAGCCUUUAAACAAGGACAUGAAUGACAGUGUAGACAGCUUGGAAGAGAAAAAUCCGGAUAUAAUACCUCAGAACAAUGCCGAUGACGAAUAUCAAGAUGAAGAAAGAGCUUUUGAAAGAUUGAACAAUACCCCUUCGAUGAGAAUCUAUAGUAGAAUGCAAAGCCCAAAUAGCCAAACUAAAAACGGAAGCUAUGGCAAAUCGAGCCCUGCCGAAAUAACAUACGCUGAACUGUCUAUAACGAAACAACAGAUGCAGCCGCCCCACGUCAUUUACAGCCAGCAUCCGCCAUCCGUCGCUAUGAACGUCAUCCGAAGACAGGAGCCGACGGUAUACGCGCAGCUCGAUAUGAAGAGGAUCGGUCCGCAAGGAAUGCCGCAUCCUGGCGGUUUUCAGACGUUGCACCAUCCACAUAUGCCGGCGUAUAUGACUAGACCUAUACGGGACGAUCAGAUAUUGCAAGACGGGUCUAUAAGUUCGGAAACGCCGCUGUUAGGUCCGAGUAAUAAUCUUCCAUCCUUAAAAGAUAUGAACACCUCAAGAAUGCCUUCGGUGAGUUCGACCUUACCGCGACCAGUGACUGCGACCAGGUUUUGACCUAUUUAAUUGCAGGUUUCAUACAAAGAUGAACUGGUAUACUUAUAACUUAGAUGUGUUAAAAUUACCUAUAUUUUUAACUCAAAGGAUUUUUAAAGAUUAAUGGAAAUUUAUCGUUAACAACUUGAAAAAGGACGUAAAAUCGUUGUUAAUAUAAAAUAGAUGUCAAAUGUAUUUUAGCAGGGUAAAUAAGUCGUAUGUUUAAUACUUCGCUCGUGGUACCUAAAUAUUUCAUAACGAGACGUAUAAGAAUCAAUUUGCUUUUUAAAGCUUCCGUAAUGAUAAAGUAUUCAAAACAUUCUAUUUUAUUGCUUUAUAUAAGUUGUAUUGUGUACUAACAGGAAAAUACCACAUGGUACAAAGAAUACAAGGUA